AUGGGCAUAUAUUUUUUAGUCAUUAUUGCUCCUAACAGUUUGCAUGGACUUAGAAAUAAAAUCAGACAAGGUUUAAUCGAGGAUGUGCCAAUCUCAAGGCCUCGUGGUCCAACAGAUUGGAAACCAAAUCUUCCCGGAGAAACAGAACAAAUAAUUGAUUCACUUUUUGAUGCUUACAUCAAUUACUUAACAGCAACUGGAUAUCCUUGCUCUGAAAGCAAUUCUAAUAAAUUUUGGCCUGUAGACAUUCAAAUAUGUCCCAAAUAUAUUCUUAGUGAUGCAGAUCCUUUUCAAGUAAUUAAUAAUUAUGGUUCCGAUGUUUUUCGAUAUGUCUAUUUAGCGUACGGUGAUUACUCUAACUCAAAUGUGAAUCAGCUUGGUCAACUAAUUCAUAAAUGUUUGUCUCCUAAAUUAUUCCCAAAUGGACCAUGGGUUCCAACAUUUCCAACAAACAAAAAUGGAAUGCCUGAUACUGAUAAAAUUAUACAGCAGGCAUUAGAAAAUUUGCCAGGUGUAAAACAUGAUGAGCAUAAAUGGGAAGAUGCCAAAUUUGGAAAGGGCUGGCCGAUUCUAGAUAAUAAAAGACGUAGAUGGGCACCUUAUUUAUAUUACAAUUUAUACCCUUAUAUUACAAAUCUAGUUGAUGAUGAUGUUACUAAUAAGGAAAAUAAGCAAGAUACAAAAAAGGUGAUCUACAGAGGAAUAUUGCGCUAG